UAGAUAUGCUUGCUCUUAGCACUCGAAGAGCUCAUUAACAUUCACGUUGGAUUAUUUCGUCUUGGGGUUUAUAAAUAAGGUGAGUGGGAAUUACCUCAACUCCUGCACAGCACCAGGAAGAGCAAGGAGGGCAAGCAGAGCAAGAGGGCUGUUAGACUGGAUUAGUAUUGGCGGGUGCUAUGUCAUUCGGCGGGUGUUGCCUUCCACCAGCAGGAGAGUGGGAGGCUGCCGCUCGGGACGCCGCCUGUGUUAGCUCCGGCGGAGGGAGCUCCGAGGGCUUCCUGGUUGUUGCCUUCUCCUCGACACACUUGGGCUGCCGGGAGCCGCCAGGGCUAGCCCUGUAAGGGGGCUACGCUGGGAGAGGUGACGGAUGGCAGACAUCGAUACUCCAAGCGGGCGGGCUCUCUCCGAGUUUGCAGAAGAUUUAUUACAGGAACUACAGGUACACUUUCAAGCUUUGACUGGGACAAUAACUCUCAAAAUGGAAGAAAUGGGGAAUCGGAUUGAUGACUUACAGAACAACGUAACUGAUCUCAUGGUAGAAGCAGGAAUCCAAAAUACAGACAAAGAGCAAAUGACCUGAAUUACUGUAAUGUUUAAAGAUGCAAAAUGCAUCUUUUAUGGAUAAAGAUUCUGCCGCACAGAAGUUGUUCCUACAAGAGGAAUCUUGUCAAAACAGUUUGAAAAUUUCAGCAUACAAUAUGAUAAGUGAUUUAAAUGUGUAUUUGUUUUCAGUAACUAGAUUUGUUUGUAGAAAUUUAGUUCUUAGAUUACCUUUUAAAUUGAUAAGAAUGUUUAUUAAAAAUGUCAGGGAGCACUUUUAUCAAUUCAUAAAUAUUUUCAAAUAGUUGACAUUCACAUAAUGCUUAAAAAUGUGCAAGUGCUUUUGAUAUGUAUGAUCACAUUUGUUCCUCACCACAAUCUUGUGAGGGAGGUACUACAGGUAUAAUUAUACUUAUUUUACAAAUGAGGAAACUGAAGGAAAAUUCUAAGCCAUUAUUACAAAUGGACCCUUGGCCCCCAGAAAAGAAGUCAUGAUCCUUAAAUGAGAUACCCAGUCUCUUAAAAAUGGAUGUUCACUAUUGUAUGGUAUAACAUCCUUACCUUUAAUCCUCAUGAUAGUUUAGUGCUAAUCUUCUUGGGGGGGAUUUUGAAGAAUCUGAGUUAUGAUUUACCAAUUUACCGUGGCUAAAAUGUCCAAAAGCUUCAAGGAAAUCAGCUGAACAAGUGAAAUAAAUAGCACUUACUACUACUGAUCUACCCAGUGAUUUUGAAACAUGCUAAUACAUGGUUCAUCUUGGGCUGUCAAAAAUACAAUGGGGUUUUUUUUAAAAAAAAAAGAAACUGCCAAAUCAAGCCACUCUCCUAUUGUAGACUGACAUCCUAUAUCUCUUCAUUCAUUCCUCUAAACUUAACAUACCCAGUUUUAUAGGAAAUCCAGUAGAGUAAUUAUCUGAAAUGAUUAUACAAUAGUACCCCCUUUUACUAAUUCUGACUUUUCUACAAUAACUGUUUUUUCUAGCACCCCGUUACAAUAAAGAUUAGAAUGUCCUCUUAUAAGCUGAGAACACAUAUAAUACAUAAGGUUUAAAAGUUAUUUAAGCAGUCUAGAAAUUCUUAUCACCAGAUUCACUUUAUUUAAGCAACUAUAGCUGAACACAAGUUUUAAGUAUGAGACAGUUUAUAGCAUACUCAAAUAGGAUAUAUACAUUUCCACAUCAAAUAACGUUCAUACCUUUAAAUAAAAGUAUCUUAAUUUUUCCAAAUGUGUUCAAACACUUAAGUCUUAAAUUUCAAAUCACAAGUUUUGUCUGAACAUAAUUUUUAUAUUAAGAAGCAGGAAUCUGGACAUCAAAAAUUCUGGUACUAUUCCAGAAAUAUGUGGGGAAAUUGUUGGAAACAGCUGGAAACAAACAUCUGCAAAGUCAGUUUCUGAAAUUAUAAAAUGAAGAGGUACCAAUCCCAGACUGUCUUGAUAACUACUUCGUUUACACAGUAAAUACCAUCUUAAAUUUCAAAGAAAUUUGCCAUAAGUAGGAGUGAGAACUGAUACCCUCUUCCCACUUUUUCAAAUAAGGUUUAUGAAAUGACAUAACCAUUACCAGAACUGGAAGAGAAAUACAAUUCCUGAAUUAGAAAUUUGAGGUCCUCAACUUUAAAUCCUUAAUAGUGUAUUCCAGAAGAUAAAAAUUAACUUAGUACAUAUAAAGUGGGUAUGUUUCUGCUAAUUUUGAAUAACUUCAUUUAAAUGUGAAAAUGCCACACACAAAUUUCAAAGAUCAGAUGAUUAUUAUUUUUAAAAAUGUUAACAGUGCAGGGAAAAUAUUAUAAAUUGUAUUAAGUACUACAUUAUUGUUUCUCAGUACUUAGUGUUGCUUUAUAGCUUUUUAAGGUUUUAAUGUUUGUAACAAUGCAUAUUUUCUUUGUAUCUACUUUAUAAGAAAUAAAAUUAAGUCUUCUUAAACUUA